AUGUUUGGAGCAGGGCAACGACCACAGGAAGAAUAUGGAUGCCAUAUGAACUACAUCGGUCCACCCGGUUCGAUGAGCGCAUUCGAAGGUACCCGUGACUUAAUGUCAUUCCCUCUGCGCCAAGAAAUCCCUACGCAGCAUCCUCUACGUGCGUCUACAACGCCUAUCGACCAUCCCUUGGAGCAUCCUUUUGUUAACCAGCGGUCGAGCUACGUUGCGCAAGCAACCCCGCAUUGUCCUCCUCUCGCUGAAUCAGUCAAGGUUUGUUUUAAUUACAUGAAUCCUUAG